AUGAACAGACAAGUCUGCAAGAAAUCCUUCAGUGGCAGGAGCCAGGGCUUCUCUGGCCGCUCUGCUGUGGUCUCCGGUAGCAGCAGAAUGAGCUGCGUGGCCCGCUCGGGGGGAGCCAGCGGAGGGGCCUGUGGGUUCCGCGGUGGAGCUGGUGGCUUUGGCAGCCGCAGCCUCUACAACCUGGGUGGCAACAAGAGCAUCUCCAUCAGUGUAGCAGGUGGCGGCUCCCGGGCUGGUGGCUUUGGUGGAGGACGUAGCGUGUGUGGAGGAGGGUUUGGAGGUGGCUUUGGGGGUGGCUAUGGAGGUGGUUUUGGUGGUGGCUACGGAGGUGGCUUUGGGGGUGGCAGAGGAGUAGGAGGUGGCUUUGGAGGAGCUGGUGGUUUUGGAGGAGCUGGUGGUUUUGGAGGCCUUGGUGGCUUUGGUGGCCUUGGUGGCUUUGGCGGUCCUGGUGGCUUUGGCCCUGGUGGCUUCCCUGGAGGAAUCCAAGAAGUGACUGUCAACCAGAGCCUCCUGCAGCCCCUCAACGUGGAAAUCGACCCUCAGAUUGGUCAAGUAAAGAGCCAGGAGCGGGAGCAGAUCAAGACUCUCAACAACAAGUUUGCCUCCUUCAUUGACAAGGUGCGGUUCUUGGAGCAACAGAACAAGGUCCUGGAGACCAAGUGGAACCUGCUGCAGCAGCAGGGCACAGGCUCUGUCUCAGGCCCCAACCACCUGGAGCCCUUGUUUGAGUCCUACAUCAUCUACCUGCGCAAGAAACUGGAUAUGCUCCUGGGGGAGAGAGGGAACAUGGAUGGAGAGCUGAAGAAUGUGCAGGACCUGGUAGAAGACUACAAAAAGAAGUAUGAAGAUGAGAUCAACAAACGCACAACAGCAGAGAAUGAGUUUGUGGGGCUCAAGAAGGAUGUGGAUGCAACUUACAUGAAUAAGGUGGACCUGCAGGCCCGUGUGGAUAGCCUUAUGGAUGAGAUCAACUUCCUGAGGACCAUCUAUGACAUGAGUCACGUCAGUGACACGUCUGUGGUGCUGUCCAUGGACAACAACCGCUGCCUGGACCUGGACAGCAUCAUUGCCGAGGUGAAGGCUCAGUAUGAGGAGAUUGCCCAGAGGAGCAAGGCUGAGGUAGAGGCCUUGUAUCAGACCAAGCUUGGGGAGCUGCAGAGCACAGCUGGCAGGCAUGGUGAUGACCUCAGGAACAUCAAGAGCGAGAUCAUGGAGCUCAACAGGAUGAUCCAGAGGCUGCGGGCAGAGAUUGAGAACGUCAAGAAGCAGAAUGCCAAUCUUCAGGCAGCCAUCGCAGAAGCCGAGCAGCGUGGGGAGAUGGCCCUCAAGGACGCCAAUGCCAAGCUUCAAAGCCUGCAGGCUGCCCUGCAGCAGGCCAAGGAUGACAUGGCCCGGCUGCUGAGAGACUACCAGGAGCUCUUGAAUAUCAAACUGACCCUGGACGUGGAGAUCGCCACCUACAGGGAGCUGCUGGAGGGCGAGGAGUGCAGGAUGUCUGGAGAAUGUCAGAGUUGUCUGUUUUCUGCAGCUGUAGUCAGCAAUGUCACCAGCACCAGCAGCACCUCUGGCGGCAGCCGUGGAGGCUUUGGUGGCGUCGGUGGCAGCAUGAGUGGUGGUUAUAGAGGCGGCAGCAGUGGCAGCAGCGGAGGCUAUGGAAGAGGCAGUGGCAGUGGGGGUUACCAGAGGGGCAGCAGUGGGGGCUUCCAGGGCAGUAGCAGUGGGGGCAGGGGAAGCAGUGGCGGUUACCAGGGCGAUAGCAGUGGGGGCUACCAGGGCAGUGGCAGUGGGGGUUACCAGAGUGGCAGCAGUGGAAGCAGCAGCUCCAUGAGCCAAAGUGGAAUAGGCUCCAGCUCCAGCUCUGGCAGCAUCCAGACCUCUGGAGGCAGUGGCUACAAGUCUGGUAGUGGAGGCAACACCAAUAUUCGUUUCUCCCAGACCACCACUUCCAGCCAGCACUGCUCCAAGUGA